GUCCCCGUACUUUGCCAAUCCCCGUGAACUUCAUGAAUGUGGGACAUGACGAAAUACACCUUUCGGGAAUUCCCAGGCCAGAAGGUUCCAAUCGAAGUAACUUCCGGUGAUGGUGCAAUAUUGCAGCCGGGGUAUGUAAAAUAAGAUUGAUUUUCAUGAAUGAUUUGGGGUGCAUAACGACAAUCGAUACCGAUCCGUGUAAUUAAACAGCGAAUACACGUGUAAUUUGUUUACACGUGUUUACCAUGACAUCAUCGGUCGUCAGGAUCAUGACACAUUUGACCUUUAAACUUACUGAUCGUCUAAUCAAACAGCAAAGAAACGUGUUAACUCCUCCCCCUUAAGGCGAAGGUGCACCAAGAAGGAAUUUGCUGACAUAAGACACACGUUGCUGUGAGGAAGUAUACGCCUAAUGCCUACCGGCCGGUCUUGUGGACAUUUACCAAAAAAUCCCUGCAAAAAGUUUGCCAUUACGUCGGAUAUUAUGACUCUUGCUGAAAACCACACAACUGAAGACAAAAGUAUUGAUAUGGACAAGACUUUUAAAGAUAUGAUGCUACAGGCAGCCGACAAAGGAAGGGUGACAGCAGGGCUGCAAACGAGUGCUAGGGAGCUACAGAUGGCACCAGAGGGGGUAUUGCUGUGUGUUAUGCCGGUGGAGAAUGGGACUGAUGAUUUGGUUCACAUGAAGCAUGUGUUGAUUGAGGCACACUGCCGGGAACACAGGAUUCCACUUGUUAAGGUCGAUAGUGAGAACAAGUUGAAACAGCUGUUAUUGAUCCCGGUGAACUCUCAAAAGAAACACAAAGAUGACAGCGAUCUUAGUUGUGUGAUUGUUCAGGUUGCAAAAGAGGGGAGGUCUCAGUUGGAGAGGAAGUUCUUGAAUGGAUGUCGUAAGCACCCUCACAAUCUGAUCAUCCAGAUUCCGGCCUGAUUUCCCUGAUGACCGCAACCCAACGGACAUGCAACAUGAAAGUAAGUGAAUGGAAAUUAACGAGUACUCGUAUGAAUACAGGAAAUUAACGAGUACUCAUAUGAAUACAGGAAAUUAACGAGUACUCGUAUGAAUACAGGAAAUAAACGAGUACUCGUAUGAAUACAGGAAAUUAACGAGUACUCGUAUGAAUACGCGAAAUUAACGAGUACUCGUAUGAAUACACGCAUUUAGUGAAUGGAAAUUAACGAGUACUCGUAUGAAUGCGCGAAAUUAACGAGUACUCGUAUGAAUACAGGAAAUUAAUGAGUACUCGUAUGAAUACAGGAAAUUAACGAGUACCUGUAUGAAUACGUGAAAUUAACGAGUACUCGUAUGAAUACAGGAAAUUAACGAGUACCCGUAUGAAUACGCAAAAUUAACAAGUACCCAUAUGAAUACAGGCAUUUGAUGAGACUGGAGUUGUUUUAUACUAUGGAUACAAAUUUUGAAAUGACGGUGUUAUGUCGGUAUUCCUGAUGUAUUCAACAUGUAUUGAAUAUUUGCUUUUGUUUCCUUUGCAGAAGUCUACAGACUUGUAUGUACAGAAAUCGGUUCCUGAGAGCUGGCCGGGAAUGGUUCCAUUAUUAUGUUUUCCAUUUACAUUGUGUUUCCUGCCAUGAAGUGACUGUUCUUCCAAAUCUUGUAGUAGAAGGAAUGGUGGAGGGGGAUUCCCCAGCAGAGCCUAGUGUUCCUCUCCGACUGAGCUGCUUUCUACUGCAAUAUAUAUGACCCCCAGUACAACUUUGUGGAUGGAACUUCAUAUAUAAUGGACUUAAACCAUUCCCAUAUUAACUUUACAUUGUUUCAAUGUGUUCAUAUGAAAUGCAUAUUGGAAAAAGCAUGAAAAAAAAUAUGACAAAAUGGAGUGAGAAGAGACAGAGAAAGUGUAGAAAAGACCCGGAAGUUGUGAAGUGUUGAUGAUGUAGAGGGAAGAAAAUAUUACAAAAAAAUUACACGACAUGGAGUGUAUUGUGAUAUAGAGUGUAAAUCAUCAUUUGAUUCACUUUCAUCGAUGUUCAGAUCUAAAUAAAUCAUCAGUACUGUU